AUGAUUGGCACCGCUUCGUGUACUAAGCCUUUGCAUCAGGCUCUUAUUCCGUUAGCAGUCACAGUUCCACCAGCGGCGCUUUUUAUCUGCGGAAAAGCGCGUCAAAUAAAAUUCGAAGAGGAUGUAGACACUCAGCCAGCAGUUGAACGGCUCCGUCCGCCAAGCAUUGAAAGCAUUUUCCGCUCAACGAAAUUCAGUAGACAAGAAAUUCAAUACCUUUAUCGAACAUUUAAAGAACUGUGGCCGAAUGGAAUGGUACAUUUACAUCAAUUCCAAAUGAUAUACGCUGAAAUUUUUACUCGCGGCAAUUCGGCAGCGUAUGCUGAAAUGGUGUUCAAGAAUAUUGAUAGAAACAAAAUUGGAUCGAUUACAUUCGCGGAUUUUGUCACAAGUUAUUCUAAAAUUUCGAAAGGUGACAUUGACGAAAAACUCGAUUGGAUAUUUUCGCUUUAUGAUACUAAUUCUAAUGGAUCGAUAGGUUAUCAAGAUAUUUAUAAUGCCGUUCGAGCAAUGUAUCAGCUGGUAGACUCAUCAUUAAAGCCAGCAACAAUUUCCAGCAUCUGUCGGCAGCAUGUGAAGCUGGUGUUCAAGAACUUGAAUAUAGACUCAGCCGGGCGUUUAUCAAAGGAUGACUUCAUGAAAAAGUGCAAAGAAAACACUGAGAUCAUGGAAUCAUUUCAAAUCUUUAAUGUUCAUUCCAAUCAUCUAAUGUGA